AUGAUCGACGCUAGAGCAGAGCAAAAGCUGCUGGAUGAGGCAGAGCGGAUAGAAUCUGAGCUCCCCAUCAACAACUACAAUAAACAGCUACAUAGCGACUAUUGGAACACACGCGUUGAUAUUGGUAAGAAGGGAUCGUUGGAGGAGCAGCAAGCAGCCCAAAAAGCAGAGGACUUGGCCGCAGAGCAAGUGGCGACUCGAGAAUUAGAUGAUGCAGUUAGAAGCACCUAUAGAAAAACAGAUGAGUCGACAUUGCAACAGACAUUUGAACUUGGUGAUAGAUCAAUAAAGCAGCAGGCAACUCAAACAGAUGAAUUGCUGGAAUCGGCGACAGAAGUAAUCCCAAUCUAUGGUGAAACUUGGCUUGGUUCUGCAGAUGAGACAUCUCUUGUCUUUUAUGUUACCAUUGGUCGACCGGACUUUUUUUGCGAUAGUGCCCACGCAACACUUGCUUCGGCAAAGCAACGCUGUGGAGAACUCCGAAGAGUAUACCCUGCAUAUUUGAGCAUUCAUACCUUUCAUUUGCACUGCGGAAACGUGACGAUCGUUCCACAUCUUCAAGAAAAGGCUGUCAAGGCCGCGCGCAAAAUUCAUGAUGAAGGCUUCUUUCAUAAACUACCUGCGCCCAAACCAUGGACCUGGGAACGCCCCCCAGUUCAUUGGGCCGAUAAGCAAAAUGAAGAACUACUUGAUGUUGAUCCCGUUGUGCCGCGGAAGAAGAAGAACAGACGUCCAAGAAAGAAGGCUCCUGUGGAAGUUGAGGGUGACGAAAUCGGAGAGUCAGUUCAAAUUUUGACGAAGAAGACAACUACCAGAGCCCGCAGAGGAAAAGUCACGAGCCAAAAAGUUGAAACUGACACCGACACCGACGUCGAUGACGAUGGCGAUGGUGAUGAAGAGCCAGUUGAGACUACAAUAACCGUAUCCACAAGAGUAAGCAAAGCAAAGACGACUUCAACCAGGUUUACUCAAAUUGAUUCGGAUAUUGAUAUCGACGAUGAGGAUGGGGAAAUUGAUGAAGAAACAGAAGAGGAAGAGGAAGAGGAAGAGGAAGAGGAAGAGGAAGAGGAAGAGGAAGAGGAAGAAGAAGUCGGAGAUGAGGAGGAAGAGGAAGUCGAAGACGAUAAUGAAAGCGGUGAAGGUGAAAGGCAAAAUGACGAGGAAGCUGAAGGUCCGAUCGCGCCCCCUCAAAGCUUGGCAUCUGCUAGAGUAAGCAGAGCCAAAACCUCAGCUAAGAAGAUUGAAGUUGAGGAGGACGAGGAUGACGAGGAUGAUCAGGAAAAUCCUGUCGAAGCCCUCCAAACUACAUCUACGAGGCCCAGCAGAGCUCCAGCUAAGAAGGUCAAAGCUAAGGACGUCAAGGAAAAGCCAGUUACCAGAGGAACAUCUGCGAGACCGAGUAGAGCAAAGGCUUCAAACAAGAAGGCCGACAAUCAAGACGCUGAAAAUGAGGACGAUGACUCCGAAAAGCCGAUUGAACCUCCCACGAGAGCAUCUACUCGAUCCAGCAGAGGAAAAACGCUGGGAAAGAAGGCUACCGUCGAGGAUGCCAAUGAUGGUGACGAUGAACCUCCCAAGAGAGCAUCUACCAGGCCCAGCAGAGCAAAGGGGAAGAAGGCUAUCGUCGAAGAUGCUAACGAUGAUGAUGAUGAUGAUGAUGAAGUUCCCAAAAAAUCAUCUGCGGGACCUAGCAGAUCAAAGGCUUCAAAUCAGAAGGUCGAUAUUCAAAAGGCUGAAAAUGAGGACGAUGGAUUCGAAAAGCCGAUUGCAGUUCCCAAGGGAGUAUCUGCCAGGGUCAGCAGAGCAAAACCGUUGGCAAAGAAAGAUGACGCCGCAGAUGAUGGUGACCAGAACCAGGAAGCCGAAGCUGCACCUUCCAGAAAGCCAAGCACCAGGGCCAAAACUGCUACCAAGAACACCAAAUUAGCAGCCGAACGCGCCACCAAUGCUGCCAACAAUGAAAAUCAGCCUGGCACCGACCCCCCCGACACCGUCAAGACCUUGCUCGCCGGAAAGGGUAACGUUCUCGCCGGCAAGACGUUUGUUAUUAGUGGUGUUCCACCAAUACUAGGUCGCCAAUCCGCCGAAGAUUUAAUCAAACAAUACGGUGGCAGAGUCAACAAAAUCAUCACCAAGAAUACAGAUUAUGUUCUGUUAGGCAGCGACACUGAACCGAAGAAACUGGAACAAAUUCAGAAGUUAAACACGUCGACUUUGGAUGAGGACGAGUUAAUCGGGAUGCUAAAGGAUAGCCGUCAUAGAAAAAGACUUUCAAGUGUCGAACGUGACGGUGCGGACGACAACGAUGUCGAUGACAAUGACGAUGAAGAGGAGAAGCCGGCGAAGAAGAAAGCGAGAACAGGAGCUUAG